CGCGGAGGGCGGGGCCGGGGCGGAGUCGGCGACUAUUUCAGGCUGCGCGGCGCCGGGGCCAGUACAGCCGCGGCCUGGCCCGGACACGGACUGAGCCAGGGUGAUGCUGAAGAUGAUGACAUUCUUCCAAGGCCUUCCUGGCCAGCAGUCUGUGCCAGGGACUCUCAAUUUUUCUGGAAGCCCACAAAAGUUGCCCUCCAUAUCAGAGAGUGAAUCAGAGGCCUCCAUGUCAGAGGCCUCCUCUGAGGAUCUGGUGCCACCUCCUGAGGCUGUGGUAGCUCCAGAUCAGGAGCAGCAAGAGGCUGCAAAGAAGAAGAAGCCUACAGUACUGUCCAAUAUGUUCAGCAUCUUCACCAAAGGCAAGAAGAAGAGAGGUCAGCCCAGCUUGGUUGAGCCCCCGCUGGUACCUGAGUCCAAGCCAGGGCUGGAUGGCCCUAUCCCCACAGUGGAGGAGCUCAAGGCGGCCCUGGAGCAAGGGCGGCUGGAGGCAGCGCGGCCGUUGCUGAUGCUGGAGCAGGAGCUGGCAGCGGCGGCGGCGGGGGGCGCGAGCGAGGAGGAACUGGUGAGGCGCCAGAGCAAGGUGGAGGCACUGUACGUUCUACUGCGGGACCAGGUGCUGGGUGUGCUGCGGCGGCCGCUGGAGGCGGCUCCCGAGCGGCUGCGCCAGGCGCUGGCAGUAGUGGCGGAGCAGGAGCGUGAGGACCGCCAGGCAGUGGCGGCAGCGGCGACGGCGGAGGCGCCUGGAGCGGCAGCGCUGGCGGCCACGCGCCCACGGCGCUGGCUGCAGCUGUGGCGGAGCGUCGUGGCGGAGGUGGCGGCAGAGCGCCUAGACACACGGCCGGCCGCCGGCGCCGAGGGCCGCUCAGAGGCCGAGAGCAUCUUCCAGCACUUGGGCUGCACCGUGAAGGAGGACCUGGAGGCCGUGGUGGAGCGGCUGAAGCCGCUGUUCCCCGCCGAGUUCGGCGUGGUGGCCACCUAUGCUGAGAGCUACCACCAGCACUUCGCGGCCCAUCUGGCCUCCAUGGCUCAGUUCGAGCUCUGCGAGCGUGACACCUACUUGCUGCUGCUCUGGGUGCAGAACCUCUACCCCAAUGACAUCCUCAAUAGCCCCAAGCUGGCAGAGGAGCUUCAGGAUGUCAGUCUUGGGAGCCUUCUGCCCCCAAAGCAGAUUCGGCUGCUGGAGGCCACGUUCCUGUCCAGCGAGGCUGCUAAUGUGAAGGAGCUGAUGGCCCGAGCAUUAGAGAUGGAGUCACAGCACUGGGCCCAGGAUGUGGCUCCCCUUAGGCUGGAUGGUCACUGCCAUAGUGAGCUGGCCAUCGACAUUAUCCAGAUUGUCUCCCAGGGCCAGGCCAAGGCCGAAAACAUCACUCCUGACUUGGGCACACAGAUGAAGCAGGUGCUGCUGGUGGAACUGUCYGCGCUCCUAAGGAGCUACCAGCGUGCCUUUGAUGAAUUUCUGGAAAGAGGCAAACAGCUGAGGAAUUACAGGGCCAACAUCAUUGCCAACAUCAACAACUGCCUGUCCUUCCGGACAUCCAUGGAGCAGAAGUGGCAGAUACUACAGGAUCCCCGAAGCUACCUGCUGGACCCCCUGAGUGAACUCAAGGUUCACGGCUUUGACGCCCUGCUCCAAAACCUAUUUGUGGACUUGAAGCCGCUGUUCAAGAGGUUCACACAGACCCGCUGGGCAGCGCCAGAGGAAACCCUAGAGGAAAUUAUUGGCACCGUGGAGGGAAGGCUGCCUGAGUUCUCAGAGCUGCAUGACUGUUUCCGGGAGGAGCUCCUGGAGGCUGUGCACCUGCACCUGGUGAAAGAGUACAUCAUCCGCCUCAGCAAGCGGCGCCUGGUCCUCAAGACUGCCGAGCAGCAGCAGCAGCUGGCGAGGCACAUCCUGGCCAACGCCAGUGUCAUCCAGGACUUCUGCACUAAGAACGGCUCCACCGCAACGUGGCUGAAUCCUGCCCUCCCCACGCUCGCUGAGAUCAUUCGCCUGCAAGACCCUAGUGCCAUCAAGAUUGAGGUGGCAACAUAUGCUACCUGGUACCCUGACUUCAGCAAAGGCCACCUGAAUGCCAUUCUGGCCAUCAAGGGGAACCUAACAAACAGUGAAGUCAAGAGCAUCCGGAACAUCCUGGACAUCAACACGGGGGCACAGCAGCCCUCUAGGUCCCUAUUUUCACUUAUAAAGGUUGGUUAGCUUUUCCUGACCUGCUUGUGACCACCCAGGGAGCACCAGGCACCACCCCAUUUGGUGAAAGCUGCCCCACUGGGGGCUGUUCAGACCAGCACUGGCUCCAUGACCCUCCUGUGCCUCUCACAUGCUGCUGCUGCAUUUGCCUGGUCCUGACUUUGAAUAGGACCUGGGCAGCUGGAAUUAGAUGGACCCCACUUUGUUGGCAUGUCCAGUGUGGCAGGAGCAUCCACUGUGGGAGAUGAUGGCAGCACCUAAGAAACUCUUUGUAAAUGUGGUUGAUUGUGUGUGUGCCAAGGGAGGCCGGUGAUGGAGUGGCCAGGGCCAGGGAUCCUGGGCAUGCCCAGCCAGGGUCCUCCUACAGCCUGUCUCCUGACAUUCCUCCACAUGGUGGGCCUGAGUGCCUCUUCCAGUUCCCUAGGGCCAGGGGCAGAGCCUUACUCGACCUGCUUCCUUCAGCCCACGGCUGCCAUGAGCUGGGCUAAGCAAGACUGAAAUUGAAGAUGGAACUGGAAGAGAAAGGUGCAUUUUUACAUGGUGCCCCUGAUGGGGCCCGAGGGGUUCCCUGGUGAGUUGGGGUAGAGGUAGCAUGAGAGCCCACUUCCAGAGCGCCCUGCAGUCCCCAAGGGUUUCUCCUGCAGCGGGGCCAAGGACCUCCUGGGUCCUCUCAGGUCCUCCUUGCCCUGUGCAAGGCCAGGCCCCAGGACAGUCUGUGAGCCCUCCCAUCUGGAAGCCGGCCGAGGAGCCAGCAAGGCGAGCUCUUUUGGUCUCCUGUUGCUGUGGUAACGAGUUCCUGCACUCAGUGGAGCAGAACCAGAGUUCAAGUUCUGUAAAUCAGAAGCCUGACGCAGGGCAGAAUUCAGCUGCCACCUUCAUUCUGGGGACUCUGGGGAGAGUCAGCUGCUGGCCCUUUCCUGUUUUUAGAGGCCACCCACAUUUCUUGCCUUGUGGUUCCUCCACCUUCAGAACCAGCAAUGGCUGGCUGGUUGGGUCCUUUUCACAUCCACACACUGUGACCUCUUCUGCCUCCUUCUUCACUUUUGAGGACCCUUGUGAUUACAUGGAGCCCAGCUAGAGGAUCCGAGAUCACCUCCCUAUUUUAAGGCCAGCUAAAUAACAACCUCAACUGCAUCUGCRAUUUUAGUUCCCAUUUGCCAUGUCACCUAACAGCCACAGUUCUGGACAUUAGGACAUGGCUACCUUUGGGGCCAUUAUUCUGCCCAGAUGGCCUCCACCCCUCCCCCGCCAUGUAGGGGCACCUCUUCUCCCCCAGGGAAACGGGAAUCCAGCUUCCCUUCGAGGUCUCUGCUGCCCCAAAGGCCCUGCCCCUCUUUGUGCCUGAAAGUUCCCCCUCAGCACAGAGGGGGCCGUUCAGACCCAGCUCUGACCCAGCUCUGACCCAGCUGGGGGGAGCCAGCUCUCUGGGUUUGUCCCCUCCUCACAGGUACUGCCUUACUGAACUGGCCGCCAACUGGCGGGUGUGAAUCAUGCACAAAAAUCUUAGGAAUUAGUUUGUUUGAUAUUGUUGAUAUUAUUAUUAUUUUUGAUAGUACUUCUUUUGUAUAUCUGUACUCUG